AUGCAAAAGGUUCCAUCACCACCAACGAAUUACGUUGCUGUUGCUCAGUCGUCUUCCAUGUCUUCUUCCCUUUUGACUGCCUCCCCGUCGACCACAUCAGCGCCUAGCAGUAGCAAGCAACCAUCAUUUGAUGAUACGUGCUUUAAAACGCCGUUGCCAUUCAAUAGGAAACCACGUCGUGGACGUGGAGCGGCAUCCGCUGCAGCCGGGGGCGGAACACGACCAAACGGCUAUCAUUCAACCGGAAGUAUUCGCGGUAGAGGUGUUGGACGGCCGAGCGGUGCCGGCAGAGCUGCAGCUCCUCAACCUGCACCUCCUCAACCGAAAUUUGUGUUGCAUGAUGUAGCAUGUCCGCAUACGUCAACUUAUUUAGGCGCAUUAAGUCUACCGAAAUUUGCGACAGUGCAACCAAAAAGUGAGAUAAAAGAGGAAGUUUUUGAUGGGAAUGAAGUGAAAGCGUCGACAUCAACUCCAGCAAUAAAAGAAGAUGUUGCGGAUGAAAGGAGUGAUUCUGGGUCAGGUUCUAGUGUAAUAUUGAUCGAAAAUGGAGAAUGUGAGACCGGUAAAGAAAAAACGGGUGAACAUGCUAAAGAAAACGGAGCAACCAAUUCGGUGGGCAGUUCUGCGGAAACGGAAGGCUCCUCUACUUCUGAAGAUUCGAAGGACGGCACUAACGAUAAAGUACCAUUCGUGGAGGAAGUAAUAUUUGACGAGUAUUCACUGUUACUGUUCACAUGUGUACCGGACGCACAAGUGUUCGAGAAAGAACUAGAAGCAGUUCGUGAGAGAGAAGAGCUGGAAAAGAAACGAAUCGCAACGGAGAAAGCACUUCGAAUAGAGAAGCUGAAACGAAAGAUUCGGGCUAAGAAGCGUUUAAUCGAAAAGGCGGCACGACUUCAACGUAAACGACUUCGAGGCCAAAAACGAGAAAAACUACGUCGAGAACGAAAAUCGCGUCAUACAUUAUUAAAGAAGACUCUUCGAGACGCAAAAGCGAUCCAGAAAGCUGCUGCAGCUGCUGGAAGUGUUGUUGUGGUCGAUAAGCAGCUGAAGAAGCAGUGGAAAGCUGAACAGGAAGCGGAUAUUCGACGCCGUGAAGAGAAAGCUCGAAAACGUGUUGAGCACGAAGCUCGCAAAGAGGCACGUCGUGCGAAACGCGAUAAAAAACGCGGACGUAAACGGCGCGAUCCGAGCAAGGCCACGAAAAAGGGCAGGGAAACAACCGCAGCAGCGGGCGGUGGUGCUGCAUCAUCGCCGAUCGUGGGCACGAAACUAGCCAAGGCCUCGCGCGGCCGCAAAAUGAAAAGUCCUGGCGCAUUGGCGGACAGUGGUGUCGCGCCACUUAAACGUGCCGCCAGCCAGACCCCAUCGCCAGCACCGUUGAAGACUUCGAGAAUUGAGCCGGAUCCUGCAGUGUUUCGAAAUGGUAUCAUUGGCAUUGCAAAAUCCGACUCAUCCGCUACGUGUACUCCGGGGCUAUCGAUGGGUGUUGUCACUCCACCAGGAGGCGCUCAUCAAACGCCAAGAACACCGUUAUCGGCAGAUUCGAAGCCGCACACGACAUCGGCUGAAUCAACCCAUCCGUCCGAUCCGGGUCAUCGAGCGUCGUCCGUAACCCCCUCGGGCAGUGCUGGAAACAAUCCGGCGUCAUCGCUUUUCGUGAACACCUCGUCCACAUCGCUUCUUACUCAAGCCGGUCUACUGUCACAUCAGCUGGCAGCCGGCCAACAACUUGGUGUCGAUACACUUCGGCUAUUGCACAAUCCACAAUUGGCGGCCAGUUUAUCUGCGGCUGCAGCUGCCGGUAAUCCAUUUCUGUCGACAAACACGGGCGCAACCAUUCCCUUACUGCACAUGUUGCAACAACAACAACAACAUCAACAACAGCAACAACAACAGCAACAACAACAACAUCAACAACACGCUCUACAACUACAACAAGCUGCGCUGGCUGCAGCAGCAGCAAGUGGGAAUCCGGUGUUACCGCCGACAGGAUUGACGCCAAGUGGCGCUUCGUUACCGUUCCCAGCAAACGCAGCGCUUGGACCACAACUUGCCGGUGCUGCACUUCUAGGACGACCGAUAGUUCCACAACCUCCGCCAUCGUUGGCGCCUAGGAAACCUGGUCGAUGGUGCGGAAUGCAUGUGAAAAUAGCGCAUGACAUCGCAGCAUACCGACAAUCACAACAACAAAAGGACAAGCAGAUCGCUGUCGCCGCUGCUGCAGCCGAACAAAGAGCUCGUGUCGCCGCUGCUGCACCGCCAUCCGUUGCCGCUGUCGCCAGCACGUCACAAGCCGCAUCUGUUCCGGACGCAUCCGCUGCUGCACAAAUCGCUAUGCAACAUGCAGCAUUGGCAGCACGAGGUGCUACCGCACAACCGCCACAUUGCCUGCCAUCCACAUCGUCCUCGGCGUCGACUGGAUUCCCAUCGUUAGCUGGUUUACCGCCACAAGCUUUGCAAACGUUGGCAUUAUCGAAUAACCCACAGAUGUUGUCAGCAAUACAAGAAGCACGGCGAGUUGCCGCUGCCACGCCAAAACCUCCUCAACCUCAAAUGACACCGCAACGGCCACCGUCUGCUAUGCCACGGACACCACAACAACCGGGUGGCCUAGCAUUACCGCCUGGAUUGGCGUCCCUUGGCCCUGCGGGCUUGUCAUUGGCGGCACCAGCACCUGCAGCCGGAUCCCUAACGAAUGGCACCAGCGAUGCUGCAGCAGCUCAACAGGCUAUGUUGCAAGCAUUAAUGCAACAAAUGCAGCAACAACACCAACAACAACUUCUACAACAACAACAACAGUUGCAACAACAACAACAGCAGCAACAAGCUGCGGUUGCUGCAGCUGCUGCAGCACAGGCUCAACGAGAACGAGAACAACGAGAGUUGCAAGCACAACAACAGCAACAAGCACAGCUACAACAACAACAAGCUGCCCAACUGGCUCGAAGUCAGUCUGCCACUAACCUGCCUCCUGGACUCACUGGUGCCUCCGGACAUAUGCUGUUGAAUCAAGCCCAACUGCUUCAGCUACAAAUGCUUCAGCAGCUCGAUCCUGCCCGAGCAGCUCUAGCUGCAGCAGCCGCCGUUCAACCGCACAGUGCCCAAGGAACACCUGCCCAACAACCUCAACUCGAUCUCGGCAUUUAUCGUGCACAUAUGGAACAACAGCAACAACAACAGCAAAGUUUGCUGCUCGCUCAAGCCCAAGCACAACAGCAGCAAGUCGCUCAGGCUCAAGCAGCACAACAGCAGCAGUCGGGUGCUGUGGAUCCGCGAGAAGCACUGUUACGGUUGUACAGUCAGUCAUCCGCAGCUGCUAGUGGACGUGGUGGUAUCGAAGCAUUGUUGAGUGCUCAACAGGCCGCUGCCGCAGCAGCUGCAGCUCAACAACAACAGCAACAACAACAACAACAACGGUUACCGCCCGGAUUCGGUGGUGGUGGUGGUGCACUUCCGCCUGGACUUGCAGGCCUUGCAGCUGCUCAGCAUGCCUCCAUGGGCGGUGCACCCACCUCCCAAUCCUCGUUGUUCAAUCCGGCACUGCUCGGGCUACAAGGACUAAGCGCUGCUACGCCGUAUGGCAAACCUUUUGCCGCAAGUUUACAGCAGCUGAGUCAGAUGAAACGUGAGGGAACCGAUGUUAUUCCGAAUGGUCGGUAG